AUGCCAGCGACUAUGGCUCCCUCGGUAGCUGGAAGCCGAACUGACGUAGAGGUUACUACCGCACCUGAUUCUGCGACCAUCGCUGCUCAGAAGGAACAUGAGGCCGAGUCCGACGACGAAGAGGACACAUUCUCAGAUACUGGCUCUGAGGAUGAUUUCGUUCAGAAGAUCCACGACAGCGAUGAUGCAUGGCCAUUCGCAAGUGAGCCUAAUGACGAAACAUGCACAGCCAGUGAAGCUCAUGCAUUAAGGAUGCGGCUCAGAAAGGUCGGCCACAAACAGUUCAUAUAUGAGACGUUGUUCACGACCAAGAUGACUGUCAAGAAAUUAUGUACUGCAUUUGCCUUCGAUUUGCCAUACAACAAAAGAACUGCGGACAACUACUUCCGGUCCUUGGGUCAUCUAAUCCAGCGGGAGCUAGGGCGACGACGGGCGCUGCCACAAUAUAAGACCAUAGACCAUGCUGCUAAUCUAUUGAGGGAGAAAAAAAACAUCAUAGUCAUCACGGGCGCGGGUAUUUCUACCAGUCUGGGUAUACCAGAUUUUCGUUCCAAAACAACAGGCUUCUAUGAACUGCUUAAAGAGCAAGGAUACUACGAGCCAGAAGAAGUAUUUGAUCUAGAUGACUUCGACACAAAUCCCUCGAAGUUUUAUAACGUGGCUGGCGGCAUACUUCCGACUCUAGGGUAUACUUCACCCACCCAUGCAUUUGUAGCGCUCCUGCAGAAGCACCACAAGCUCCUCACCAACUAUACGCAAAACAUAGACAAUAUCGAGAGUUACGCAAACAUCGAGCCUUCGAGGUUGAUACAAUGCCACGGCUCAUGGGCAACUGCAUCUUGCAGGAAGUGUGGACACAAAGUAAAGGGUGAGGAAAUUUUCGGAGACGUCCGGUUGAAGCGCAUUGCCAGAUGUCAAGAAUGCCAGAACAAUUUGGCUCUAGCCAGCGCCGCGAAGCGAAAGAGACGUCCCAAUGGUCAAACCAAACCGAAGAAGAGAUACGCACUUGAUUCGGAUUCUGAGAGCGACGGUCAAUACGACAUUCCCGAGCCGGGCGUCAUGAAGCCAGAUAUCACAUUUUUCGGCGAACAGCUCCCUGAUAUCUUCUUCCAACGCAUAAGCUUAGAUCGACCAGAAAUCGAUUCAAAGAACGGUAGGAUCAUCGAACAUUCUGAUGAGCACCAAAGGCAGAAGCGAUCUGAUCUCAAUAAUGAGCCUUACGGCCCAGUGGACCUCGUCAUCGUUAUAGGUACCUCCAUGAAGGUUGCCCCCGUGUCUGACAUACCAAACUACAUUCCGCACGAGAUACCCCACAUCUUGAUUUCGCGCGAACCCGUUAAGCACAUCGAAUUCGAUAUCAACCUGCUCGGCGAUUGCGAUCCUAUCGUAGCAGAGCUUUGUCGUAGAGCUGGUCUGGACCUGCAACACAGCAUGUUGAAUCAGAAUCAGGCAGUAGACGUGCAGCCGUACGACGAAGAUCACGACAAUAUGUUCACCGUCGUCGUUCGCAAACCGCGUACUUGA